AUGAAGUUCUUCCUCGCCUUCCUGGGAUUCUCUCUCAUCUUCUUCGCCCCGACAAAGGCUCAACUGUCCAAGGCAAUCAUCGACAUAGGCUUACCGUGCGUCUCAGAGAUUGGACUGACUUCGGAUGUGGCCACGGAAGUGCAGAAAGGCAACUUUAUCGGCGCUUUGGGCAAAUGGAGUUGCUUUGCAGAUUGUGUGUCGCAGAAAGUUGGCAUCGUGAAUGCAGAUUACGUAUUCCAGGUCGACAAUUUCAAAGGAAGACUCAAUGAUUUUGUGCUUCCCGGCCGUAUUGAGGAAUUCAUGACAACGUGCCAACCGAAGAUUGGCGAAGGCAAAUGCAAGGCUUCUGGCGAAUUCUACCACUGCAUCGCCAAUGUUAUUCUCAAGGAGAUCUUUGAAUAAGUGAUCAUUAAAAAUUGAUGUACUAUUCUUUGGAAACAUAAUAUAAAAAGAUUUAU